AGAAGCGAGUAGGGCUGCCUUUCAUCUUCUCUUUUCGUCGUUGCUGUUCGGCUCCGUUGCUUUCGCAGGAGGUGUAGGGAUUGCAGGCGUCGCUUCUUCGGCUCCUUCGUGGCUGUUCGCCUUCGCUCCUGCGACGACUUCAACCCGGAUCGGAAGUUACGAAAUUUUGAUCGGAAGCAAGAACGGGAGCUCGCUGGCUGUGAAGAAAGAACAAGGUUGAGGUCUUAUUGAUUUGGGGGACAUCAAGUGGUGCUAGGAUACGGAAAAAGAGAGGCAGAAGUAGUUAGAAGACAGAUCUUGGGAUUACAGGCCAGAGGUAGAAGGAGAUGGUUGUUAGGCGAGAAAAUAUGGAGACUGAAAACAUUAAUAUUGGAAUAAAGCAGGAAAAUUUAGAGGAAUUAGAUCCAAAAGCAAAAAAGUACCUACGAGGAGAUGGCGCUAACCUGGAGGUAUUACGGGAUAAAAGGUUGAAAGGGCAACUCAGUGUUAAAGAAAAGUUAUAUGGUCAAUCUGCAAAAGCUGCUGCUAUGGCUGAAAAGUGGCUUUUACCUACUGAGCACGGCUAUUUGGAGGCUGAAGGUCUAGAAAAGACAUGGAGGAUCAAGCAAGAAACUAUCCUUCAAGAAGUGGAUAUUAUUAGUUCAAGGAAACCAUUCGAUAUGGUCUUGAAAGAUUUAGGUCCCUACAGGUUGGAUUAUACAUUGAGUGGCCGAUAUAUGCUUGUUGGAGGACGAAAGGGCCAUUUGGCUAUGAUAGAUAUGAUUACUAUGGAUCUCAUAAAAGAAUUUCAGGUUAGGGAAACAGUGCGUGAUGUGGUUUUCCUGCAUAAUGAACAAUUUUUCGCAGUCGCCCAGAAGAGAUAUCCGUACAUUUAUAAUAGGCAUGGCACAGAAAUUCACUGCCUUAAGGAACAUGGAGCGCCUUUAAAGCUUCAGUUUUUGGACAAGCAGUUCCUAUUGGUAUCAAUAAACAAAUUUGGGCAACUUCACUACCAAGAUGUGAGCACAGGUGAGAUUGUUGGCAAUUACCGCACCGGGCUUGGUCGCACCGAUGUGAUGGAGACUAACCCUUACAAUGCAAUUAUAAGUUUGGGUCAUGCCGGCGGCAAAGUCACUAUGUGGAAGCCCACAAGCCCAAAACCACUUGUUACAAUGCUGUGCCACCAUGGUCCAAUAACAGCCCUUGCCUUCCAUUGCAAUGGCCAUCUAAUGGCUACCGCUGGUAUAGACCGCAAGAUCAAGCUAUGGGAUAUAAGAAAGUUUCAGGUUCUUAGAAGCUAUUCUAGUUAUGCCCAGUCCAUGGACUUCAGUCAGAAGGGCUUGCUGGCUUUGUCAAAUGGAUCUCAGGUACAGAUAUGGAGAGAUCCGGUUGGAAGCCAUGAUUAUGGAAGAUACAUGAAUCAUUCAAUGGUGAAGGGCUAUCAGAUUGGGAAGGUCUGCUUUCGGCCUUACGAAGAUGUGCUUGGGAUCGGGCAUUCCAUGGGCAUAUCGAGUAUUCUAGUUCCUGGUUCUGGCGAACCGAACUUCGAUUCUUGGGUGGCGAACCCUUACGAAACGAAAAAACAAAGGAGAGAGAAAGAAGUACAUUCUCUUCUUGACAAACUUCAGCCUGAGACAAUCAUGUUAGACCCAAGCAAGAUUGGAACAGUAAGACCACCAAGAAAGAAGGAGAGGCUAAGUAGAAAGGAAGUAGAGGCUGAACUGGAUGAGACUGUCCAGAAAGCAAAGUGCGUUACCUUCAAGAAUAAGACCAAGGGAAGGAGCAAGCCAAGCAAAAAGGCUAAAAAGAAGGAGGAGGUUGUUCUAAACGCAAAGAGAUCAUUUAGGGAGCUUCAUCAGGUAGAAGAACGUCCAUUGAAGAAACAGAAAGUUGAUGAAGUUGAAUUGCCGAAAUCUUUGCAGCGCUUUGCUCGAAAGAAAUUAUGAUGAUAUACAGCCUUUUGGCUGGUAGUUAUAGAGCUUUAAUCCAGGAAGGCCAAUUUUGUACUUGGAAGGGUAGAAAGCUACUUAUUAUUGAAGUGUUUUGUUGCAAGGAAAAUGGAUUUAGAAGCAUUUGAUGAAGAAAGAAAAAUUUGUAGAAGAUUUUAUUAUUUGCUGACAAUGUAACCAUCAAUUAAUUGUUUGUUUUUGUUUUAAUGUUA